AUGGUUAAUAGGCUGAAGCUUGUUUUGGACAAGCUAGUGUCUCCAGAGCAACAUGGAUUUACCCCUGGUAGAGAAAUUGUUGAUAGUAGAAUCACAGUUGUUGAAACCAUGCAUUCGAUGAAAAGAAGCAAGAUGCAGCGGAUGGUGGUCAAAUUAGAUAUCAGUAAGGCGUAUGAUCGGGUGAUUUGGUACUUCCUCUUUUCUAUUCUUGAAAGAUUCGGUUUUGAUUCUAGUUGGAUAAAUUGUAUAAAGCAUUGUGUUACUUUUGUUUCAUAUUCUAUUAUUGUAAAUGGAUCUAUAGAUGGUUUUUUUCAUGCCACGAAUGGUCUUAGACAAGGUGACCCCUUGUCUCCACUUUUGUUUGUAUUAAUGGCCGAAAUUAUUGGAAGAAAUAUUAAAAAACUUGUAGAAACAAGAUUGUGGAAAGGUGUACACAUCCAUGACAAUAUUGAUCCAAUUUCCCAUUCUUAA